GGCAGGGCUUUGGAACGCGUUCUUUUCGGGGUAAUUCCCCUGCCGCAGCUUCGCGUCGCUGCUUAGGGCUGGCGAGGACUUGGGAGAAAGUUGUUGUUGGCCCUUUUCUUUCUUGGGUCCGGUCGGUCGCGGGGACCUGUGCCUGGGGCUCCUCUCAAAGCGCUCUUUCUGGGCCCUAGCAGUCCGGAGGGGCCCCGCAGCACGGUUGCGGGAAGGAAUCCAGACCGUGACUGUGGACCGGCCACCAAGCUGGGGCUCGGACCCAGCUCCUCCAGGGGAACGUGCGCGCGUCCUCCGGCCUGCAGGCGUGUGUGCCAUGGAGGGCAGAGCGCACCCGAUGGAGCAGUGGGCUAGGACCCGUAGCCUCCCGCCGCUGGCCAGAGCCAGCCAGUUAGCUGGUAGGGCUGAGGGCCCUGGCGCUGCGCUCCUGGCCUGGCUGCAGUGGCCUAGAGAGAUCGCCGACCUGCGUCGCAGGUCUGCGAAUGCCGCCUCUUUGCUUCGCUCGUCCUCGCUCAAGGAGCGGUGUGCGCUCCUCCCGGGCACUGGUGGCGCUGAGGCCCAGCUUCAGCCGGCGCCGCCCCCGCUAGCUGUUAGCCAGGCCCCGCAAGCCGACAUUCAGUCCCUCCUCCUUCUGCUGUCUGGACUGAAGCGGGCCGGAGACCCGGGAUGCCAAGGGGUCUAUCCGAGAAAUCAUCCUGCCCAAAGGCUUGGAUCUGGACCGGCCCAAGAGGACUCGCACGUCCUUCACCGCGGAGCAGCUCUACAGGCUGGAGAUGGAGUUCCAGCGUUGCCAAUACGUGGUGGGCCGGGAGAGAACCGAGCUGGCUCGGCAGCUCAAUCUCUCUGAGACCCAGGUGAAGGUCUGGUUCCAGAAUCGGCGGACUAAGCAGAAGAAGGACCAGGGCAAGGACUCGGAGCUGCGCUCGGUGGUGUCGGAGACCGCCGCCACGUGCAGCGUGCUGCGGCUCUUGGAGCAAGGCCGCCUGUUGUCGCCUCCCGGGCUGCCCGCCUUGCUGCCGCCCUGUGCCACUGGCGCUCUAGGCUCGGCGUUGCGCGGGCCCAGCCUCCCGGCCCUGGGUGCAGGCGCUGCCGCGGGCUCCGCCGCUGCCGCCGCCGCUGCCGCCGCCGCCACUGCCCCGGGUCCCGCAGGCGCGGCGUCCCAGCACCAGCCGGCCGUGGGCGGCGCUCCCGGCCCAGGGCCUGCAGGGCCGGGAGGACUGCACGCGGGAGCACCGACUGCCAGCCACGGUCUCUUCAGCCUGCCGGUGCCGUCGCUGCUAGGCUCUGUCGCCAGCCGCCUGUCCUCCGCCCCGUUGACGAUGGCUGGUUCGCUAGCCGGGAAUUUGCAAGAACUCUCAGCCCGUUACCUGAGCUCCUCGGCCUUCGAGCCUUACUCCCGGACCAACAAUAAAGAAGGGGCCGAGAAAAAAGCGCUGGACUGAUUUUAAGUGUUACCCUGUAUUUAUAUUUAUAACAUCUCUUGUGGUGGUAUUUAUGAACUCGCCUGCGUUAGGCGCCCAGUGCUCCUGCGCUGGCCUUCCUGGCCCCCACUAGGCUUCUGACGCCCCCACCCUCACCCCACCCCACCCCGCACCCCACCCACCCCGUGCAGGCUACUGGUUUCAACUUACUCGGGCUGUUUUGCUCUCUCUACUUUUCCUCCCUCCCUCCAACCCGGCUUCUUUCUGAAUCCAGGAAUGAUCCAAAGAAUUGGGGAGAAAUACCCGAAUUAGCCAACCCCCACCCUGCUAGCCAGGGAAGGAACAGACUGAGCCUAAGUCCAGGUCCUGACACCUGUUCUGGAUAGGAGCACUACACAGUGCUUCUAUGAAUAUUCGCAAGAGGAACUAUGUUUGUAGGGCGCCAGGGACCGGAAAGGCUUCUUGGUUUUUAAGACCCAAACAGAAGGGCCUAUGCCCUCUUGUCAGAGAAACCAGGGCUUUGGGAGAAUUCCUGGCCCCGAUUUUUAGACCUCUCAGGAUAAUUGGUGCAUACUCAGCUCCUGUCUAGAACAGAGCUGAUGGGUUUUAUUCCCUUUAGGAAGAUUAUCGCAGGCUCUCCGACCCCCAGAAACGAUCAAGCAAACAUCCUGUUAGGCAAAGGUGGUUAUAAAUUUGAUCUAACAGCAAUAAAGCAAGAGUAAUUUUUACAUAAAACCAGAUGAAGUUUUACCUGUUUUUAAAUAUUCAUAAAUAGUUGAGUUUGCAAGAUGUACGGAAAUCGGGCUAGAGAACGCACUACGGGACGUGCGAAAUUAAAAUCUCUCGGGUGUUGUGACUUUAGGUAGGAAUUUAAAGAGGAGAAGAAAAGCCAAUGACAGAAGGUUGAGAAUCUUUUCUGGGACUGUUCUGGGCGGUGGCCCACAGCUUCCUGCUCCUCGCAGGAGAGAGCUCGGUGGCUGGUGUCAGUCUCCUGUCACAGGGGCUUCUUCUUUCUAGAGGCUCCCCGAAGGAGCUACAGCAGAAUAGUUGGGGCUGGAAGUAAAUCAGCAUGCAUUAUAUUUGCUUUGGCUUCUAAACACUAUCUACAAAGGCUUUUCACCAAGCAGGAAGGGCCGGAAUUUUCGAGCAGUUGCUUUUCGAAGGACAGGUUGGGGUGCCUGGCUUGGCCUUCACAGUUCAUAGUUUCUUGGUGCCAGUGGUUCCUUGUAUGGCAGGCAGGGCAAGUACUUCCUCUCCCUUCUCAACCCUAGGGCGUCAGACAUCCCAUCCCAAGUUAAAACCCUUACCACCACGCGGGUGCAGCCCCAGCCCUCGCAGCAAGGGCAGCCCCCAGAGCCAUCGCCACUCGCAAUUUAACCAAAACCACAGGCCCAGAGAGCGAGGUGCCUCAGUAUCUAGAAUGUAUUCACCCAUCUGAAACAAGCUCAAAACAUUUUAAAGAAAAAAGUAACUUUAUUGUAAAUUAUUUACAUCCGAAUUUUUUCAUCUUUCUUUUUCCCAUUUCUUCUCUCUCUCUCUCUCUCUCUCUCUCUCUCUCUCUCUCUCUCUCUCUCUCUCUCUGCAAAUAGCGAAGAAAAUAACGAACGAUUCAAACGCGGGUAGGUGUCACUGAAUCCUGGCUACUAAUUGUGUUCUGGACGUCUUGGCUCUUUGGAUGUUUUUGUAUUUAUGUGGUGAGAGUGAAAUAUAUAUAUCUAUGAUGAUAAA